UAUGAGUGCAGCAAGAAAACACUGGACUAAAGAGAACUAGCUUUGCUAAGUGCCUGGGCAGAAAAAAUAUACAAAAAUAAUUUUAUGCAACACUCAGAAAUAAAGAUAUAAAUUUACACUGAUAAGAGUACACAGAGAUUGGAAAAAGUGCCGGAGAAAGUACAAAAACCUCAAACAUGAAUACAGAAGAGUUAAAUAUGUCCACAGCUCGGGAGACAGCUCUAAAAUGAUGAAGUUCUUCCAUGAUUUGGAUGGGAUCCUGCAAUAUGAACCUGCCACCCAAUUAACAGAGGAAGAUGUAACUGGCAGGUGCUGGCGUCGGUGAUCCAAAGUACAAACCCAGAGACAACUACAGUAUCGGCAUCCUUUAAGAAACAUGCACCUGAGAUCACAGAAAACUGGUUUCCUCAAAGCAUAACAGAAUUAAAUGCCAUUACAGGAAAUUUCUGCAAACAGAGGACCUCUGGUGUGAGCCAGCUUCAUCAGAGUCCUUCUCUGCCCGUCGGGGGCUGCAUCUCCUGUCCUCGCGGGAUCAUGGCGACGGCCGAGGUUUAUAAUAUUGGUAAAAAACUCUAUGAGGGUAAAACAAAAGAAGUCUAUGAAUUGUUAGAGAAUCCAGGAAAGGUUCUCCUACAGUCCAAGGACCAGAUUACAGCAGGAAAUGCAGCCAGAAAGAACCAGUUGGAAGGGAAAGCUGCCAUCUCAAACAAAAUCACCAGUUGUAUUUUCCAGUUAUUACAAGAAGCAGGUAUCAAAACUGCUUUCACCAGAAAAUGUGGGGAGACCGCUUUCAUUGCACCCAAGUGUGAAAUGAUCCCAAUUGAAUGGGUUUGUAGAAGAAUAGCAACUGGUUCUUUUCUCAAAAGAAAUCCUGGUGUCAAGGAAGGAUACAAGUUUUACCCACCUAAAGUGGAGAUGUUUUUCAAGGAUGAUGCCAAUAAUGAUCCCCAGUGGUCUGAAGAACAACUGAUUGCUGCAAAUUUUUGCUUUGCUGGACUUGUUAUAGGACAGACUGAAGUGGACAUUAUGAAUCAUGCUACACAGGCCAUUUUUGAAAUACUGGAGAAGUCCUGGUUGCCUCAGAAUUGUACACUGGUUGAUAUGAAGAUUGAAUUUGGUGUUGAUGUAACCACUAAAGAGAUUGUUCUUGCUGAUGUCAUUGAUAAUGAUUCAUGGAGACUUUGGCCAGCAGGAGAUCGAAGCCAGCAGAAAGACAAACAGUCAUACCGUGACCUCAAAGAAGUAACUCCAGAAGGUCUCCAAAUGGUCAAGAAAAAUUUUGAGUGGGUUGCAGAGAGAGUAGAGUUGCUUCUAAAAUCACAAAGUCAGUGCAGGGUUGUUGUAUUGAUGGGCUCAACUUCUGAUCUUGGUCACUGUGAAAAAAUCAAGAAGGCUUGUGGAAAUUUUGGUAUUCCAUGUGAACUUCGAGUAACAUCUGCUCACAAAGGACCAGAUGAAACUCUGAGGAUUAAAGCUGAGUAUGAAGGGGAUGGCAUUCCUACUGUGUUUGUGGCCGUGGCGGGCAGAAGCAAUGGUUUAGGACCAGUGCUGUCUGGUAACACUGCAUAUCCAGUUAUCAGCUGCCCUCCCCUCACUCCAGACUGGGGAUCUCAGGACGUGUGGUCUUCUCUUCGACUGCCCAGUGGUCUUGGCUGUUCAACAGUACUUUCUCCAGAAGGAUCAGCUCAGUUUGCGGCUCAGAUAUUCGGAUUAAAUAACCAUUUGGUAUGGGCAAAACUGAGAGCAAGUAUAUUGAACACAUGGAUUUCCCUGAAGCAGGCUGAUAAGAAAAUCAGAGAAGGAAAUUUAUAGAAAUGAACAUUACGGGGUUUUUUUUAUUAUUAUUGCAUUCGUUAAGAGAAGAAACUUCUAGUUUAGCAGAAGAAGAAAAAUCAAGAUAAAUAAGUGGUUUAAAAUCAAUCAGAAAAUAAAUGUUAGCGAAUAAAUGCUUUUCAAAGUACAUGGGAUAAAAAGCUUACCGGAUUAGUAGAACCUAUGCCCAUAUUUAUCACUUUCUUUAUAAAAGUGAAUUACUAUAUAAAUAUGUUAAAAUUAGUUCCUAUCUAAAAGUGAGUAUUAAGUAACAUAAUAAAGAACAAUUCUUAAAUGCUAAUAAUCACAGUACUAAAGUUCCUACUUGAAUUGUAUCUAAACCUAGGAGUGUUAGAAAGUAAAAGUGGUUGUAUAUUAGGCUGGUUAGAGCAAUAUAUUCUUUCCUUCCUAAUAUCUUUAUAAAAUGCUAAGGGUUUACCUGCAGUCAAUAUCUCUGAUAAAGAUAAGUCUAUAACUAGCUACAUAUAGGUAAAGAUGAUGCUUUGUUUUGACUUUGCUAUUGUGGAAGAAUAAAGAGGGCAGUGGGUAGGAAGACAUGGGAAUUAAGAUGAAGCAGCAUUAUGGAAGGCAUGAAAGGAAGUUUAUGAGAUCAGUUCCCCAGGGAAAAAUGAAGUUCUCUUAACAUUUCAGAUGAAAGAUUUAUUAAUCUUGAAUAUACUAGGGUUCCUCUGAAUUUUAUGGCUCAUAAAGUUAAAUUUUAACUCUGAUAAUAUAUGUUAGACAUAUUAAAGUCCCCAGCCUGUCAUCACUUUCAGAAACUGCAAUCUGCUGGUUAUUAAUGCAAGCUGGUUUCAUUUUUUCAGUAGUAUGAGUCUGCAGUAACCCAGCAAGAUUCAUUCUAACAGAGUAGUUGUUACUAAGAGGAACUCUAGGCACCAUCAAUUUAUAAGCCCUUUUUUUUUUUUUUCCUUUUUUGGGUCACACCCAGCGAUGCUCAGGGGUUACUCCUGGCUUUGCACUCAGGAAUUACUCCUGGCAGUGCUUGGGGGACCAUAUGGGAUGCCGGGGAUUGAACCCGGGUCGGCCGCGUGCAAGGCAAACGCCCUACCCGCUGUGCUAUCGAUCUGGCCCCUAUAAGCCUUUUUGUAAAUUUAAAUCACUGUCAGAUUAUGCAGUUCUGACAGUUUUAUAAAUUAUAAAUUUGCAACAUCCAUAAAUACCUUAGACAUAAAAUUUUGUGCAUAUGUUCACUUUUAUGGAAAGAGGACAAUAUUGAUUUUUAUCCAGAAGAUCUGUGUUAUGUAUAUCCCAUCCCACCCACCCCCAUUCUUACAUAUCUCUUAACAUGUGCCUUGUAUGUUCAAGUACCUGAGUCCAGGCCCUGCUGUGUGGCCCAUCCUACACCCUUGCCAAAACUGCUGGGUUUCUGAGUGCCCAAGAACAGACCACAGGUUAGAGAAACUCUGGUACAUCUACACAAUGGGAUACUCUGCAGCUGUUAGGAGACAUGAAGUCAUGAAAUUUGCUUAUAAGUGAAUGGACAUGGAGAGUAUCAUGCUCGGUGAAAUGAAUCAGAGAGGGACAGACAUAGAAUUACUGCACUCAUUUGUGGAAUAUAAAAUAAUGUAAUAUGAGACUAACACCUAAGGAUAGUAGAGACAAGGGCCAGGAGGAUCUCCACAGUUUGGAAGCCUGCCUCAUGUGCUAGGGGUGAAGGCAGUUGGGAUGGAGAAGGGACCACCAGGUCAAUGAUGGUUGAAGGGACCACUCGGAACGGGAGAUGUGUGCUGAAAAUAGACUAGGAACCAAACGUGAUGGCCUCACAGUAUUGCAAACCAUGAUGCCCAAAGUCAAGAGCAAAAAUGAAGGUGCCUGCCAAAGACGGGGUGGCGGGAGAGAUACUGGGAACACCACCACUGGUGGUGCAAAAUGCGCAUUGGUGGAGGGAUGGGUGUUCAAUCAUUGUAUGACUGAAAAUCAUAAAAGCUUCAUAACUAUUUCACAGUGAUUCAAUUAAGAAAGAAAAUCUGUGGGGUUUUACUUUUAACAGUGACCAGGAAAAAAAAUAACCUCUGCUGUAGAUGAGAUCUUGUUAAAGCCCGUGCCACUCACCUAUGCUGUCUGCCUUUUUUUUAACCUCCUCAACCUGUAUUACAAGCUAGUGUCUCCUGGCAGACUCUUACCACACUAUCUCUGAUUCACUGAACCCUCCUUUCUUGACACCAAGAUACAAUACCAGCCAUCUAUAAUCUCCUUACUAAUUUUCCCGCCUAAGUACUGAAGUUUCCUACUACGCUCUUCAUUAUUAUCAAAACUAUUGGAUAAUCUCCCCUCAAGUAGUCUUUGUAAAUUUUGUUUCAAUUGCUCAUUUCUGUGUGAAUAAUUCAGUUUUAAUUCCUUUUCCAUCCAACCUAUAAUUACUCUACUCACCUAUAUCAGAAGAUUGAUUUUAUCAAUCUUGUUUUUCUCUGGCCUUUCUCAUCUAAUCUCUCACCAACUCUGAAUGCAUCAUUUACCCUUCCUCUACACAGGGGCCUCAAAUUCAGUGUUAUUAAACUAAGCUAGAACCUCCUAAAAUCAACUUUCUCAAAGUUUUCUUACAACAUAAAAACAUAUAUAAAAACUGAGCUAAAACAUUGUCUUAAAAUCUGUUGCAACAUUUUAAUUUUGUGCCCACACCUGACAGUGCUCAGGAGACCAUACAUAGAGCCGGGAAUCAAACUAGUGAUUGCCUCAUGUACGCUGUCAUCCCCAUUCUCUGUCUACAGCAGUGUAACAUACUACUGUUUUGUAAACAUUGAGUGCUACUGAUCUCGCUUGAAAUUGCGUACCCAACGGAUCCAUUGCUUCUGGUUUCUUUGAAGCCUAUUCAAGAUCUGUAGUUUGGGGAUCACUGAUUAAACUUAUCAAGGAAACUAAUUUUUCUGAUUUUUUUUUUAGUAGUUCUUUUUAGAUAGGGUACCAUAUCUUGUACGGAUACUUUAAGACAUUUCUAUCACUAAAUUCUUUUACUAGAACUUCAUCUUUACUGUCUCCAUGAAAGCUUCCCUAAUCACAAUGCUAUAUGUAAUGGCUAUAGCAGGUGUUCUUUUACAUUACAGUUUGAGAGAAAAUAUAAUGGCUUGUUUCCCUCACACUGUCAUAUACUCUGGUGGUGCCUAACUGAAGUCAUAGGGGUUAUUAAAAGUCAUGUGCCACUUAAUUUACAAGAACAAAGAAAAAGAUUUGAUUUAAAUAUCUUCAAGCUCUUUGGGGCACACGGUGGUGCUCAGGCUUACUUUUGACUCUGCAUUCAGGAAUCACUAUUGGCAGUGCUUGGAAUGCCAGAGACCCAACCGGGUCAGGGGUGAGGAAGGCAAAUGCCGUACUGGCUGUGCUAUCGCUCCAGCCCCUGAUUUAAACAUCUUGAAACUUUGGCAUCUUGGUUUCUGAAUAGUCACUCCUAUUUUGUUUCUUCUAAACAUACUCAGCAAAAUCUAGUAGAUGAAGUUUUCCGAAAUUAGACUGGUUGGUGGGAGUGUUCAUUAUCAGUUUCACAGUUUCCUAAGAGUACAUACAUCGCUGAUACAGAUAAGUAGUGCUAAAUGCUUGUUUGGAAGUCUCUUUCAAGUGCCUUGUAGAAAGUUACAAGUUACACAAGGACCAGUGGUAGCUCACCUGCUGAAUUUAUGCUGUAUGUGCAGGAGGGUUGGGUCCAGUCGUAGAUAUUGUAUGGUCUGAAGCACUGCUGAUUCUCAAAUGACAUGCCAGGAGUAGUGCCUGAGCACUGCCAGGUGUGCCACACUACUCAUUAUCAAAUGUUAAAAUCUUUGACGUUUCUGAAUUUUGUAUUUUAAAUGUCAUGUAGCUAGACAAUGGGGAAGAAAAAGUGUCUGAAUAUUAACAGUAUUUAAACUUUGUCUAACAAGAUGUGUUUUGAGUUGCUGAUGCAAUAAAAGUUGCUGGUGUCUGAAGUUUAUAUAGGUAGUCAAAUAAAGCUCAUGCGUUUAUUAAUUUUU